AUGCCUCCGCCGUUCAAGCUGAUCAGUUCCUUCCAGUUUCGUCAUCGCCGCCACUACGAUCGCCAGCAUCACACAACCAUGGCGCAACCCGACCGGUCCCGACCGGGCCCCCUCAACUCCCACCCCGUCUUCUCCCCGAAGAAGCCCCUCAACAGAGCAGACAAGUCGCAUGACUCCAGUUCAAGCUCCGGCUCGGGCUCGGCGCCGCGAUCGCCCACUAAGGCUGGCUCGCGCUUCCAAGAGGGUUCUAUGAAUGACCGUGCCUCGGCUGUCCCACCUCUGAGCUUCAUUGGCACCGAAGCUGAUUUUGAGCGUCGUAUCCGCCUCGACUAUCCUGGCCGACACGGCGCCGCGUCGGCCCUCGCUAGCUCUGUCCAGCAGCAGCAGCAGCAGCAGCAACAGCAGGCCCACAACCAAGAUGACCAGCGACCUGCCAGCGCGGCCGGUAGUUUCAUUGGCACCAGCGGCAAGAAGGGCUUUUGGGGCGGAUUGAAGGAAAAGCUCAGCUUCUCGAGAGACAGGAACGCCAACGGGACUAAGAGACCCGUAAGCCUCGACUCCAAGACAACCACACCCGCAGGCAUGGCUGCUUUCCCAAGUCUCGACAUGGGUAGCGAUGGCAAGAUGCCCAGCCGAGAGGAAAUCACUAGGAACUAUGAGCAACUCAUGCAGAACGGCUUCUUCGCUUCGCACGCCAUCCAGUCCACACGUCAGCCACCGCCUGGCGCUGCACCAAGAGUGUCUGCUCCCUCGACCUCUGCUUCCGUCCAGCCCCCUCUUGGAGCCUCGUUCGCAUCACGCAUGGCUGCGCACCAGGAACAGCAGCAACAGCAGGAGCAAGAGCAAUGGCCUCUUUCGGCCAAUGCGUCGCCCUCGCGCGGCACGAAGCGCAAUCACUCCCAGGACGAUGACAACGACGACUCCUCUUCCUUCAAGAAGCUACGCAAGUCUGCUUCGCGCAUUGGCAACGAAUUACCCCUCCACCGCCUGCGCCCAAAGCGCUCUCAUCAGGGCCCCGUCUCCUCUUCGACCAACAUGCCCCCACCUCCGGCGCCCUUUGGCAUCAACACGCGCCGCACUUUCAGCUCCUCUUCGAGGCGCGAGACGAACCGCCUUGCGAAGCGUCAGAUCUCCAAGUCGGCCAUCUCGAACCCCAUACCCGUGGACGCUUCUUCACGCAUGAGCAUCGACUCCGGUGCCCCGUCCUUCGCCUCGUCGAGUGAUGGGCAGGGAGGCGGCUCCUUCGCAGAAGCCAUGCGCUGGUCCCACCCAUCAUCGCGCUCGGAGGACACUGCUGCCACCGCUGGACUGCGUAUCCGCCCGGACGCGAACCGGGGGAUUCCCGUCGUCCCGCGCAUUCCCGAUCAGUUUAAGUCGCGGCCUGGGAGCGCUUUUGGCGAGGGUGCCGAGAACAGGAUCCCGCAACCCAUCCAGGGACGUCGACGCUGGUAG